CUGCACGCCUUCACAUCACAGUAUACCAACCGACCGGAGCCAUUGAAUCGGAGCUGGCAGGACACAGGAGCUACCGGAAAAGCAACGAUAACAGGGGCACGGUCUCGCAGUAGCAUUAAGUCAACCGCGACAGCAACAUGAACAAACCAGAGAUCAAUUCUAAAUCAAUUCCCAGUCUGGAAGGCAGUGGGUUCGAUGUAAGCAUCGAUGAGUGGCAAGAUGACAUGGAUCUCGACCAAGACGAAAGCUACUAUGUCCCUAGCAUACCAUUCGCCCAGAGGCUGGCUGCUCUCGAUCCCUCAUUAUACCAAGGCUCAGGAGAUGAUUUUUGCACGGAAGAGAACUUCGACCAGACAAGCGCUUAUGUCAGCCACCAGCUCGGCAUCCAUGGGUUCGCCUCUAAUCUGCAGUUCUUGAGGGCCGACAAGGCAAGCGCCGCAAGGAUUGUUGCGACAUUAUACAAGGUUUUACAGCACCAUGUGAAAGACAUGGAGUACAAGGAGGAGAUGGAUCUGAACUGGCGGAGACUCUCGAAUGACUAUGAUACAGCUAUCCAGAACCUGAGCACGACAAAGGAGAAACUGGAGAAAACCGAGCGGGAAACUGACAUUCUCGGAAGCAGAAUCAUAGCGCUUGAAGAGGAGCUUCGAAUAGAGACGGAAAAGCAUCGGCACACACGGGAGGAAGUCAAGUCGAGCAAAGCAAAUCUCGCAUAUGCGAAGACGCAAUAUGCUCACGAAGCUCGGAAGAAGGAACAGGAAAUGAAUGUGCUAAAGGAUAAAGUACAAAAAUCCAUCAGCAGGACCCAAUCAUCCUCGCCAUCAAUACCUGGAGGGAUAAAAAUUCUCAACCCUGUGCCCCGUUCUCUCUAUGGGAAGCAACAUGCGAACGAUGCGGAGCAAUUGCUCAAGGAGGUCAUUGAGCAGCAACAGGCAAAGGAAACGGAGAUUGUUCAGGAAAACGAGGAACUUCGGAGGACGUUGUAUACAGUACAUGUGGAGUUAGAGAGUUUGAUCAGGAAGCAUUCGUCGCUGAAAAACACCGCAGUGACACCUUAUGGCCUACCAUUUGAAACGGUCAAGCACAAGAUCGAGACUGAGAUCCGGGACACUCUAACGCUGCUGAGCGAUCAAUGGAAUCAUCGAGCCCCCAACGAACCAGCCAUCUCGCCCAGCGAAAUUGUUGUCCGAGACCAGAGAAUCGAGGAUCUGCAACAAGAGAUUGUCAAAAUGCAGUUGGAGCUCGAAGACUCCACCCUGCUGGUUCAGGGCGCACAGAAAAUGAUUGACAACUUGUCCAGUGGCAACUUUCUGGCUGGGCUGCAGGAUUUCAAGCUGAAUGUGGAAGGAUCCGAUAUGACAAUACAGGAGAUUGAUGAGGCAGAGGCCAAGAUUUGCAAGCAACGGGAGGAUCUCGCCAAGGAAAGAAAAAAGUUUACAGAGUCGUGUUUGGGCCUGGGCAAGCAACGUGCGGAAUUGGAGAGGGCAAAACAAGAGUUCGAGGAGAGCAAGAGAACCUUUCGCUUAGAAAAAGUCAUGUCGUUCUUGAGCUUUUCUCCAAGGUCCGAGAAGCGAACGAUGAAUUGCUCACCACCGUCGUCGCCGAUACGCCGAUUUGAAGACCCAUCCAGGAAGCGAAUGGCGACCUCGCCGCUUUCAGGCGCUUUGUAUGAACGUUCAGUGAGGCCUAAAACUCAAACGACCGUCAUCGAAGUACCGGACGAGGAUAAUGAACAAGGCGAUGGAAGUGUGAUCAAUGGUGAAUACGACGAAUAUGAGAACGAAGAAGAAGAGGAGCUGCUGAGAACACCGUCGCGGCAAAGAACAACUGCCAUAUCAUCGAUUGGGCUUGAAGAGUUAUCCAGAAGCAACCAUGAGGCAGCGCAAGAACGCCUCCGUUCAGGAAUAGCGGCGUCCUCCGCACCCUUACCAAAUGUCAAGACGGCCGCCACUGCUUCGUCAUCGGCAUUCCCUGAGCUUGAACCUAGCGCCAUUAUUGCAACAGCAUCCAUUCCUUCGUCCUUUAAAGGCAAGGCUAGGAAACCAUCCACUGCAACACAGACAGCGCAGGAACCUCUAAAAAAACUCCCAGUGUCUCGAUCUUUGGCGGUGUCUGCAGCGAAAUCUCGAUCGUUCAAUUCGACCUCAGCAGCGCCCUCUAGUACAAAGUCUAGCAGCAUGUUCGCCGGACUCAAUUCAUCUUCAUCAAGCUCUCGCUUAUCCCCGUCACCGGCUCCAUCACGCCCAUUUAUGACCACAGUUUCAACAACGUCUGCAUCAGCAUCGACCGCAAACGAGGGUGCAGCUCUAUCUAGUCAGCGCCCUAGGCCCAGCGCUCCGAUCAAUUCUAAGUCAACGUCAGGCACAUUGCCAUCACCUACUAGCUACAUGAGCGCCACCAGCAGCAGCAAGGCUGGAUCAAGCGGUGCAAAGAUUCCUUCUGCACUCUCCAAAGCAGCAGCGCAGCUCACGGCGAGAAAGUCUGCCACUCGACCGUUGAAAUCCGGCAUGGGAUCUGAGUCAUUUUCCGCGAACACAACCAUGUCUUCUCUACUGUCAUCAUCCGCCCCACACCGACAACCAUCCGCUGCCAAGCUGGCACGCAACACUGGGGCCUCAUCAAGUGUGAUUCGUAUGACUUCCAGCCAAACGGGCGGCAAGGCUUCCCCGCCACUCUCAUCCUCUACGUUUUCGUCACGACAAAAGUUUUAAGAACAGGAAUAUGCCAAUCACGAGCUAUUCGUAUUUAAAGACCAUAUCUAGAUC